UGUUGUGACAAGGAGAAAACGGACCGGUGUUUACAAAAAUUACAUGCGGUCUCAAAUGUGCAUCGGUAAAAACGCGAAACAAGUCUACUAAUUGGAUAUCUAAAUUACUUGCGAGAGCCUGUUCAUUCUUCCAGCUCUUAUUACUUCUUCCUAAAAUGACCGCCAAGAUCAAGGUGGGCGAUUACCUGAUCGUGCAGCGCCAGAAGUACACGAAGCUGCAGAAGUUUACUAAUCUUAAGACGGUUGUGAAUCUGGGAAAAGAUCAAGUAGAACUACGUCUAGCGGAAAACCAUCCUUAUCUCACGACGUUUCAUUUGGUGCCGAAACAGGAACGUGGUAAACGGGUAUACACGCUUGAUGCUCUGUCGACGCCUUCCGAAAUAAGGAACUUGAAAGAACUGUUGAUUAAAGAGAGCGGAAACGAUAAUCGCAACAUCAUUGAUGAUCGACAAUCGCAGGCACUUUCGACAGAGGAAAUUCUGAAACUGCGCGAGGAAUGUGAUUCUUCCUCGGAGGUAAUCGGCAAGCUGGUCGAAAACUCAAAAAGCUUUGCGACAAAAACGGAAUACUCACAGGAAAAGUAUCUCAAGCGAAAGGAGAAAAAGUACUUCGAGUACAUCACGAUUCGGCGUCCGUCUGUGCGACUAUUGGCCGAUAUAUAUUGGCGUUUGGAUCCGGAAAAGGUGCUCGGCGUUCGUUUCGACACACUGUCGCAAAUAAUUUCUUACAGUGGUGUGUGCAGUGUUGGUAACUUCCUAUUGUAUGAAUCCGGCACAAAUGGACUUUUGCCGGCAGCGAUCUUAAACUCAAUAGGAGCAGAAACCGGUGCGAAACUGGUACAUAUGCAUCCCGGUAACGUGGCACAAAAGCAAGCCCUGUUGGCAAUGGAUUACCCAGCCGAACAACAAGCACGAUGCGUAUCGGUUAACAUCUACUCUGUGCUUCGACAUUUCUACCAAGACAAGGAAGCAGGCAACGGGGGAAAAGAUGUUGAAGAGACGGCCAGUGUUACAGAGGAGCCCGUUAUUGUCGCCGAACAGCAAGAAGGAAUAAAUGGAAAUAACAAGCGUAAACUCGAAGAAACAGAUGAAACAUCAGAUGCCACCGAAGCAAAGCAGGUGAAAUUAGACAAGCAAAAGCAACCGUGGGAACUUGAGAAUGAGGCUGCCGCUAGCAUUAUGGAGGAAAAGUUUGAUUCGCUCGUUAUCGUGGCGAAAGAACAUCCGUACAGUAUUCUGAAAGCAUUGCUGCCAUUCGUCAAAUCUAGCCGACCGGUCGUAAUCUUUAGCACAUCGAGAGAAAUUCUCACCGAAUGCUACGUGGACAUGAAGACGGAAGCAUCCGUAACGUAUCUACGCGUAACUUCCAAUUGGAUGCGGCAGUAUCAAAUACUCCCGAACCGUACCCAUCCGGAUGUGACCAUGUCCGGGAGCAGUGGAUAUCUGCUUACUGGGUACACUAUAGGAAAUUAACCACAAGGCGAUGCGGUUUAAUGACAAUUAAAAUUGAGGAAUUUUUGUUCAGGCAAUUAUAUUUUAUGAAUAAACAAUCCAUUUGUAAUUACAACUUUAACUGCUUCUG